CCCCACAGAUCCCUGCCAAACACUAGUUUUUUUUAAUCUACUAAUCUUCGACGCUCUUGAAGAAAGAACCUGAUCACACAAACUACUAGCUAUAACAUAGCUCGAAUUAACUUGCUACUUUCCACUUCUCGCAAAGCUCUAAAUCAAUUUAUCUCUUAACCUCAGAUAGCUUAAAGGCAUUUGCAAAAUAACACUGGCCUCCUAUUUUUAUAGAAGGUCUUUCUCACUAAAGCCUCCUUCCUGAUUUAGAAUCACGAUGGAUAACUGAUAAUGACUGUAAGUGGAAGUUGAACUGCGAGCGAUGGGUCAGUCCAACACGACCCCAAGGAGCCCUCUUUCACCUGCCACCAAAGUCCAUGAUCUCAGACCACUUUCCUUGCUAGAAUAUUCUGUCAAGCCGAUGACCCAUUUCUGCGAGGAACCUGCCCAACAAAAAAAUGUGAUACUAUUUCUAUCUAAAGGGGAAGACCGUUGAAGGGUAUUUAGUUACAUAAAAAUAUUCAUUAAAUUAUGGAGGGGAAGUAGUUAAUUAAAUUUUAAUUUUAAUUAUAAAAAUAGGAACAGAAAAAUAAUUAAUUAAAAUUUUAGUUUCUUUUAUGAACUUUUACACCUAAAUUGUAAUAUGAUCAAUUUUAAAUUCUACAUGAAAAGUCAUUCCAAUUCCAUUCUCCCACCUCUUCUUUUCUGGAUGUAUGAUAUAUGCAAUAAGAAAAUUAUACCAUAAAUAUAUCACAAAAAUUAAACUAAACCCAAAAUAUAGUUUUUUAACAUCCCGUUUGUUUUCUUUGUGUUUGGCCUGGCUAAUUUCCUGGAAAGUAAAAAAAAAAAAAAUGACUUAGACGGAUUGGAUUUUGGUGAAAAUAUAUUAUGAAAAUGCCCUCUCAAUAAAGUGCAACAAUUGAAGAGCGCCUUACUUGGGAAAACUUGGAAGAAAAACGCUGAGAUUUUGGUUGAGAAUAGUCCUUGUCGACAGCUUGACUUUGGUUGACUUAGAUAAAUCCGCGUCUCUCAAUUAUUUUCAUCGUCUCUUUUGAUUUAUCUACUUUUUUGUACUUUCCUUCUCAUUUCCGAUUCUGCGCUUUUUAGAAAAAAUUUCCUCACACAUAUUUUGGCCCUGAUUUCAAAUUUUUCCUGUUAAUUUUCAUUUGGGUAUCUUUUGAGCUUUGUGUAGAAUAUGAAGAAAGUAGUGUUGAAGUUGGAAUUACAUGAUGGUGAUGAUAGGCAAAAGAUCACGAGGACAGUUUCUGGUCUUCCAGGGGUUGAAUCAAUCUCCGUGGACACAAAAGACAAUAAAUUGACAGUAACAGGAGAUGUUGAUCCAGUGCCGAUGGUAACAAAAUUAAGAAAGAGGUGUUACACAGAAAAAGAAGCAGAAAAGAAGAAGGAAGAACCAAAGAAAGUGGAUCCUAAUAAGAAGCAAGAAGAGAAGAAUAAUAAAGAUGCAAAGAAAUCCAACUCCUAGUCAUCACCAUCAUUUUCUUUCUUGAGUUAUAUUAUUACCAUCACUAUCCUUAUUAUUAUGUUCAGAGUCACGUGAAAAAUCCUAAUACACGUGUUAUUUGUUAAUUUCUUAUGAGAAGGGGAAUAGUGAAACCUUUCUCACUUAUUCAAUCACCACUGGACAAAGUGUGAAUGCGGUAAAUUUAUAAAUAUUUCUAGUAAAAUAGAUUUUCAUA